AUUGUUUUGAUAUUGAUAAAUUUGAUUUAGAAAAUGAUUUUUGGAAAGAUAUUUUUUAUGAUAGUGAAAAUGAAUUAGAUUUAUUUGAGGAUGAUAAUUUAAAAAAAUUAAAUAUUAAUUAUUAUAAUGAUAGUUAA